AACUGCACAAGGUCACCAUCAUCUUGUCACUUUUGCCCAAAGUGAUGACUAGAAUGCAUCUCACACCACGUUGGCCUUGGAUUUGUUCUGGCGUCUGAAAACUUAAAUUAGCUCUGUGACUGAGACUAUCUCUUGCAAAGAGAGGAAGGCACUGGGGUGCCCAGAAGACAUUUCCAUGUCUUCUCACCCAGCAGUCUUAGCAGCUUUUAUGGCCACUCCUGUUGGAAGCGCCAGAACCUCUAGGAGGUCACAGUGCUGUGUGUCCUCAUAGAACCUGUGCAAGUCUUCUGGAACUGAACAGGAGCCCUCAGUGUCCCUAGCAACAGCCAAGGAGGCAUUGCGGGGAGAGCGCAUCAAAAUCAGAAAUGGUUUUGGACCAGGUUCAGCCUUUAGCAACUACUGGAGGAGUCUUCAGAGACUCAAUAUCUGCUGAGCCUGAUUCUGGGCGAGGAUCCCCAGUGAGGGGCCUGUGGGGUCAGUGAAGAGGGAAUGUGUGUCAGUGACGGCAUUUGGGGUUUUAUUUGGCUUCAGUCACUGAGGAAUCUGGGCGUUAGUGAUGGGGCCUUUGAUUGAGGCUUAACCUGGAGAGAUUAAUGAUCGAAGGUCUUGUUGGUCAGAGUUUAGGGUCUAUAUGUUAGGUCUGCAAGACUCGGUAAUUGAAAACUGGAUGGAAGGUGUGAAACCAAUGAGCACUGCUUCUCCCCUAGGUUAGCAAUUUAACGUCCAGCUCAUGAUCUGGAGAAGCCUGGAAUUGGGGGAGGAGUGUCAAUGAGCAAGAAUGUCUGUGGUAAAUUUCAGAUUGAAUUUGAGGUCAGUGUUGUGUAGGGAGUGCAGAGUUUGUCUGUGUUUGAGAGCACAGGAGUCUGGAAGUUUUGAGACCCAUAGUCCCAGGCUAGUGGUGUUUAGAGACUUGACCUUUGGAUGCUGGGAACAUUUCUUUUCAGGUUGUCCAGUCCAAGUCCUUUCUCAAAGUUCUUAUUAAAAAUUUGUCUCGGCCUUCCCGGGCGGCGCAGUGGUUGAGAGUCCGCCUGCCGAUGCAGGGGACACGGGUUCGUGCAUCGGUCCGGGAAGAUCCCGCAUGCUGCGGAGCGGCUGGGCCCGUGAGCCAUGACCACUGAGCCUGCGCGUCUGGAGCCUGUGCUCCGCAACGGGAGAGGCCACAACGGUCCUGACUUCCCAGGAGCAAAAGAAUCAGUAGAAGGAGGAAGAAGUUACAGGAUUUGGUAUCAGCAUUACUGGGGACAUGCUUGAUUGAAGACAGGUAUCAGAACAGAAAUUUAGAGCAGAUCCAGAAGACACAGCGACAGAGCCUCCUUACUGCCAGCUGUUUUUAGAGGACGGAAAAAAAUGAUCCAGGCCCAGGAAACCCUGACGUUUGACGAUGUGACUGUGGACUUCACGUGGGAGGAGUGGCAGCUCCUGACCCCUCCUCAGAAGGACCUGUACCAAGAGGUGAUGCUGGAGAACUAUAGCAACCUGCUGUCUGUGGGUUAUCAAGCCAGAAAGCCAGACGUACUCUCUAAUUUGGAUCACGGAGAACCAUGGAUGAUGGAAGAUGAAAUCCACUGUCGAACCCAUUCAGGGUAUCAAGCCAGCAAACUAGAUGUUGUCUCCAGGUUGGAACGAGGAAGAUGGCCAGUAGAAGAUGACUGCCACAGUCGAAUCUGUCCAGAAAUCAGGAAAGUUGAUGACCUUCUGCAGCAUCACUUGACAAAUCACAGCAUUCAAAAUACUGUGGAACAAUGCUGCGAACAUAAUACACUUGCAAAUAUUGUUAAUCAGAGCGAAAGUCAUUUCCUGUUAAAGCAAAAUUGUGAUAUGUUUGACUUAACUGAAAAACCUUUAAAUUCAAAUUUAAGUUUUGAAAACCAGAAGAGAAGCUGUAACUUAAAGAACUCUGCUGAGUUUAAUGGAGAUGGGAAAUCCCUUCUCCAUGCUAACCAUGAGCUAUCUUUUACUGAAAUUAAAUUUCCUGUAAGUGCAAAACCCAUCAGCAAUAACUCCCUGUCUAUUAAGCAACAGAGAACUCACAACAUAGAGAAAGCCCAUGUAUGCAGUGAGUGUGGGAAAGCCUUCUUCAAGAUGUCUCAGCUCUUUGAUCAUCAGAGAGUUCAUACUAGAGAAAAACCUCAUGGAUGCAGUCUGUGUGGGAAAGCCUUCUCCAGAAAAUCCAGGCUCACUGAACACCAAAGAACUCAUGCCGGACUGAAACAUUAUGAGUGCACUGAAUGCGAUAAAACCUUCUUCAAGAAAUCGCAGUUCAAUAAACAUCAGAAAAGUCAUAUGGGAGAGAAACCUUACACAUGUAGUGAAUGUGGGAAAGCAUUCACCACAAAGUGUCUGCUCAUUUAUCAUCAGCGAACUCAUACAGGGGAGAAGCCCCAUGGAUGCAGUCUGUGUGGAAAAGCCUUCUCUACAAAGUUCAGUCUCACUACACAUCAGAAAACUCAUACAGGAGAGAAACCUUACAUAUGCAGUGAAUGUGGAAAAGGCUUCAUCGAGAAGAGGCGUCUUAUUGCACACUGUCGAACUCAUACUGGUGAGAAACCCUUUGUAUGCAGUGAAUGUGGGAAAAGUUUCACCUUGAAGAAGAGUCUUAUUCCACAUCAGCGAACUCAUACUGGAGAGAAACCCUAUACAUGCAAUGAUUGUGGAAAAGGCUUCACCUUGAAGAACCCUCUCAUCAGACAUCAGCGAACUCAUACAGGAGAGAAACCCUAUGUAUGUAGUGUAUGUGGAAAAGGCUUCACCAUGAAGGGUGAUCUUGUUGUACAUCAGCGAACUCAUAUUGCAGAGAAGCCAUUUGUAUGCAGUGACUGUGGGAAAGGCUUCACUGUGAAGAACCAACUGAUUGUACAUGAGCGAACUCAUACCGGAGAGAAACCCUACGUGUGCAGUGAAUGCGGAAAAGGCUUUCCAGCCAAGGCCCGGCUGAUUGGACAUCAGCGAACACACACAGGAGAGAAACCCUAUGUAUGCAGUGAUUGUGGAAAAGGCUUCAUUCAGAAGGGCAAUCUCAUUGUACAUCAGCGAACUCACACAGGAGAGAAACCUUAUGUAUGCAAUGAAUGUGGCAAAGGCUUAUCCGCGAAAAGGAAGCUCGUUGCACAUCUGCGAACUCAUACUGGAGAGAAACCAUAUAUAUGCAGUGAAUGUGGCAAGGGCUUCACUGUGAAGAGUACUCUUGGUACACAUCAGCAAACUCACACUGGAGAGAAACCGUACAAAUGCAACGAGUGUGGUAAAGCCUUUAGGAAGAAGACAUGCCUCAUACGACAUGAGAGAUUUCACUCAGGAAAGACUUCUUUGCAUGUACUGAAUGUGGAAAAUUCUCUUUGUGCAAAAAUGAUCUCAUUACCCAUUAGAGAAUUCACACAGGAGAGAAGCCAUAUGAAUGCAGUGAAUGUGGGAAAACCUUCACCACAAAGUCAGGGCUCAGUGUUCACCAAAGAAAACAUACAGGAGAGAGGCCCUAUGGAUGCAGUGAGUGUGAGAAAGAUUUUGCCCACUUGUCAAUCCUUAAUAAACAUAAGAGAAUUCACAGGUAGUCACUUUGGGGAAGCCUGUUGCCGGUUGUAGACCCUCAAGAUAAUAGUAUGCAGAGAAGAAUCACAAUGCAAAGAAUGUGGUAUUAUCUUUAGUGAUCAAGUACCUCAUAUUUUAUAUUGAUGAAAAAAUUUACAAAACUAUUUGGAUACAAUCAGCCUUGGUGAAAAUAUUUUAGGACAUUCUAUGUCUAAAAAGUAUAUACUGAGAUAAAGCCUAUGAGUGUGAAAGACUAGGAAAGCCUUCAGUGGAAAUAAACCCUAUCAUAUGUGAUCAUCAUAGAACAUGAAUGAAUGAAUGUUUCUAAUUGGUAGAAGUAUAAUUGUGGAAAAGACUUUGCCCAGAAGUAAUACCUCAACAGAUGUCAGUUAUCACUAGAGAAAUACUUUCCUGUGGCAAUGAAUAUAGACGGGUUUGCAGCAGUAAAUAUUGCUUUAUCAUUUGCCAGGAAAUCCGUGCAGAAACCCAUUCUAUAUGGUGGACGUUAACAAAAUAUCAGACAACUUAAUGAAGGAAAGAAGCCUUGGGGAAAUGAUGAAUGAGAGCAUUCUGUUACAAGUCUUAAGGGAUACUACACCUCACAAGCAACUGAAGGAUACCUUCAGCCAUAUUUCUAGUUUCCUUGUCAUUGAUCUUAUAAAUUUUACAUAGUGGCAGUUACUCUCAACAUGGAUUGAAUUUUCAUUAUUUAACUUUUGCAUUUCUUUGGUUCCAAGUUUGUGUUAUUUCAGAAUAUUUGAAGUACUUCAAAAUGAAAAAUGUACUCGUUUCUUAAGUAUAACAACAGAUCUGGAUGUGUUUAACCAAGUUUGUAAGUACCAUCAGGGGGUUUAUAAAAUUAAUAUAAAUGUGAUGUUUUUAUAACUUUUAAUUUUGAAGUAAGUUUAGAAUCACAAAAACAAAUAUUCCAGAGAUUUCCUAAAUGCCCUUCAGCCCACUACUCCCAAAGGUAAAAUCUUAUAAUAACCACACAGUUUACUGUGUGGUUAUAUAAGGUCAAAUAGAGGAAAGUGAAAUUGUUACAGUGCUGUUAACUACAGGGUUUAUUUCGAUUGCACCAGUUUUAACAUGUAGUAGUUUUUGUCUGGUUUUUAUAUAUCUCCUUAAGAAACUUCAUCACAUAUGUAGGUUCCUGUAACCAACAUCCCAGUAGAAAUUUAGAAUGCUUUGUCAACACAAACUCCCUCUUGCUACAUCCUCAUAGUCACAUCCUUUCCCCGACACUAACACUUGGCAUCACAGAUCUUUUUGUAUCCAUAAUUUUGUCAUUUAUAGAAUAUUAGAAAAAUAGGGCCUCCUUGGUGGCGCAGUGGUUGAGAGUCCGCCUGCUGAUGCAGGGGACACGGGUUCGUGCCCCAUUCCAGGAAGAUCCCACAUGCCGCGGAGCAGCUGGGCCCAUGAGCCAUGGCCGCUGAGCCUGCGCGUCCGGAGACUGUGCUCCGCAACGGGAGAGGCCACAGCAGUGAGAGGCCCGCGUACUGCAAAAAAAAAAAAAAAAAAAAAUCAUUUAGGAUGUAUCCUUUUGAGGUUGACUGUUUGACCUUGUGAAAUUGUAGAAAAUAGACAUAUUGGUCUCUGCCCCUAGUUUCUGGCACAGAGCUUCUGAAACCCUUGUAAAUUUCUACAUAAGAGUGUGUGGAGCAUCUCUUACUCUAUUGAUGUGAUUCUGGGUGGGCUCCUGGAUGGGGGUUGGUCAACAGAGAGAUCCAGCCAUGAUUAGAAGCUUGGAAUUUUCAGCCCACUCCCCAUCUUCCAGAGAAGGGAGAGGGGUAGAACUGGAGUUACUAAUUAAUCAUGCCUAUGUAAGGAAGUCUCCAUAAAAUCCCAAUAGUAGGAAUUUUGGAGAGCUUCUACAUCGGUGAACACAUUCAGGUAUGGGGAGAGUAACACACCACAGCACAGGGACCCUGUGCUUGGGACCCUCCCACAUCUCGCCCUAUUUUUGUCAUUUAGCUGUUCAUCUGUAUCCUUUAUCAUAUACUUUAAUAAACUGAUAAACGCAA